AUGCCGUCGUGGAGAGAGGAGUAUCUAGGAGGUCUAAGACAAAGGGAUAAGCAUGAAAAAGCCAACGAGGCUCUGUACACUAAUGCAAGAAUAGCGGACAAAACUGCAGCUCUCCAAGCUCAAUUAGCUGCAAAGCCAGAGCCCGUGCCACAACCCUCAUCUACACCCAAACUGGGAGACCGCAAAGCUUCCCAAAAUGCCAAAAUUCCCUCAGCGAGCCCUACUCAACCAGAUGUACUCGCUAAACUUCGACAGGAUCUCUCUGAAGCGCAGCGGAGUCGUGGCCUGCUAGAGAGCAAGCUCCAGUCCACAAGUGAUGAGUUUCAGAAGCUCGUAAUCCAGUCUAGCCUUGACACAAAACGCAUUGCUGAGUUGAAAAGGGAGAGUGAUGCUCUUACAAGAAGUGUCAAGGAUAGGCGCGAGGAGAUUAAAGGCAAAGCAAAAUUGCUGGAAGAUGUUCAUGACGAGACGGUCAGUUUGACUUUACAGCUUAAUCUGGCUGAUCAGCGAGCUUCGAGAUUGGAGAAGGAAAAUAAAGAAUUGGUGGAACGGUGGAUGAGAAGAAUGGGCGAGGAAGCGGAUAAGAUGAACGAAAACUCGAAGUUUUCGUGA